AUGAGUGACCAAAAGGUGGAAUCACGUCGACAUCGUUAUACUUUACCGGCAGCAAUUUCAACAGCCGGGCUAUCUCCACCAACCUCGAAUGGGAUCAUCGCGCCUUUUAUGUACACUCCAAUCUCACCUACCUCGUAUCGGUCCACAUCAUCACCGACUAAUUCCGCAUACUCUGCUCCUAUACCAUCUCCAACGAGCACUCCGUAUGUGCCAACUGGCCCGAAACGAUCUCUGGAAGACAGUGAUGAUGCAGAAACGCAAGCUGAUACCAGAGAUCGGAAACGUGUUCGACCACCGCCGAUAAUCGGGAUGCCUAUUGCAGCUGUGAAACCGGAGCAAUUCACAGUAUCGAGGCGAUUGUCUGCCACGAUGACACAACCACCUCAUCAACAACAAUCAAGACGUGAUUAUCCCGUCCCAGUAUCACCAACACGGAUUUCAUCCUCAACGAAUUCGAAUGUCGUGCAAUACCUUUUGGAGCCAUUUACACCAAGUAGUUUGGUACCAAUGGAUGCAAUCGCACGUCCAACAAGUCGUGGUCCUACCAUUAUACAGCAUCGCCAGCAGCAAGCACAACAGCAGUCACAACAGCAACCAAAUUUUCUUCAGUUUCAUUAUUAUUCUCAACAACAGUACCUUCAGCCUCCUCAUCACCACCAUCACCAUCAAUUGCAUCAUCACCAGCACCAGCAUCUCCAACAGCAACAGCAGAAUCGAUGGAACUUUUCAUUGUCGCCUAUAGAUACUCGUUCCAUCAUGUCGGCUCCAGUCAUGCCUUCAACAUUGACACCCAUUUCGGACAUCUUUACUGUACAUCCUCUUGCAUCUGAAGCUGCUUCGUGUCAGGAUUCCGGAAAGGAUGUUUCAGAGGUAAUUUCUGACAACGGAACACGUAAAUGGGUCUUGCUCAAGCCUUUGGGUAAAGGCGGAUGUGGUGAAGUCUUUCUAGGACGUGAAUAUACCACUGAAAGUAGAGCUACAGCUGGACCAUUGGUUGCACUCAAGUUUGUCAAGGAUCGCAAACAAUACAAUGCAGAAUUAACCACCAUGAAACUCUUAAACUACCACAAGAAUGGACGUGGUCGAACUCCUCAAUUGAUUCACGCAUGUCGAAAAGAUCGUGUAUUGGUCAUGGAAUACUUGUCUGAAUCUCUAGGCAAAAAGUUUGAGACACUUGCAUUCAAGUUUUCACUCAAGACCAUUUUGAUGCUGGGACUCAAUAUCAUCAACCUGACCAAGGACUUUCAUGAACGUACUGGCUUGGUACAUGUCGAUAUCAAGCCUUCCAAUUUUAUGACCCGAGAUCGUGAACUCUUCAUGAUUGAUUUCGGGUAUGCUGCACUUCCUCAUGCGCGACUGCCCGGUCAGACCGGAACACCACUGUUUAUGAGUUGGACUAUUCAGACUUAUGGUUCAACUUAUCCCUGUUUCAUGGACGACUUGGAAUCCAUCGGUUACUGCAUAAUGUUUUGGAUUGCCAGCGGCAAAAAAGGUCUACCAUGGGGCCAUUUACGCUCACAUCGAGAUAUAGCAGCCGCCAAAACCGACCUAGCAAUCACAACGUUUUGCAACUCGUUGGCUGGAACCGAGUACUCUCCCAUUGGACCAACGCUAGAGAAAUAUAUCUUGUUUACUCGUGAUCGAGUACGUGCUUUUGCGCCCGAGACGGACUAUGACUACUUGUCGGGAUUGUUGAAUGGAGUGCUUGAUCUUUGUGGGAUGAAGAAUGAUGGGCUUUAUGAUUGGCUCUUUUGA